UCCAGGCGUCCGCGACGUCGCUCCGGCCGACUCCAGCACCGCCUGGCCGCUGGCUCGCGUCCGUAGUCCGCGUCGCCCUAGUCGUGCCGCGCCGCACCGCGCAGCUCCGCGCAGCACCGCGUCGCCAGGAUUCGCACUCCUCGUAGCUUCGCAACCCUCAGCCUCUCUUGGAACCCUACCAUGAUUUUCGGCGUGCCCGUCUUCGUCCUGCUGGCCUUGAGCGCCUCCUCGCCGUCCUCGGCGCACCGCUACCCCCCUGGCGCCUACCCGCCGCUGCACCCGCACUACCCGCCGGGCCCACCGGGGGUGCCGCUGCGCACGGCGGGGGCCCCGGGCAUGGGCAUGUUCCCCAUGCGGGACCAGUCCCACGAGCACCCGUCGGUGCUGCCGCCGCCCCCAGAGCCUGGAAUCGGGUACCAGCCGCCGCCACCGCCCCCGCAAGGCAGCGCGGAGGGCGCGCCCCCGCCCCACCGGCCGUCCCUGCCGCACCGGCCGCCGCACUGGCCCGCCGUGCUGGGGUACCAGCGGCCCAUGGACGACAUGGUGGACAUCACCAACGAGCUUGGCGUGGCCGUGCUGCAGGACUACGCGUACUCCAGGGGCAACUUCGCCUUCUCGCCGUACGGCGUGGCCAGCGUGCUGGUGGUGCUGUUCGAGGGCGCGCGCGGCGACACCGCCCGCCAGGUGCACACCACGCUCAAGCUGCCGUGGGACCGCGACGUCAUGAGGGUCGGCUUCCGGGACGUCCACCGCAACCUCCGGAGCUACUUCAGCCACGAGGGCUACCUGAGCGGCGUCACCCUGAGCCAGUCCCGCACGGCGCUGCUGCCCGAGUUCCGACGCGUGCUGCGCUUCUACGGCUACGACGUGGACGCCAACGCCGAGGAGGCCGGCACCGCCGGCAACACCGGCAACGUCACCCUGGCCUCGCCGCAGAUUUCGAGCAAGCCGGGCGUCAACGUCAACGGCUCGGUGUCCGCCUCCACCACUGACAGCGCGACGACGGCGGCGCCAUCCUCCACCUCAGUCACCUCAGUCAGCUCGCCGGCAACCACGACGUCAACAACCGCGUCACCGACGACCACCUCCACCUCCACGUCUGCGGCCACCACCACGGCCACGCCAGCGACGACGGCGGCGGCUCCGACGUGGGUGGAAAUUCCCUUAGUGACGCACGCCAGCGAACAGUCCGAAGGGUCCGCGGCAGAGGACAGCCCCAGUACCGCGGCACCGACCGUCGGCGCGGCGUCACCAGCCAGCGAGGCCACGACGCUGCCGACGCCGAGCGACGCCCCCAACACGGAGGCGUCGGCGGCGACGUCGGGCGAAGAAGCGCCCUCGGCCGGCGCGUCGUCGUCCACCCCUGCGACCGCGGAGAACGAGGUGGAGGAAGAGGUGGAGCGCGUCGACGUGGCCACGGACACGCCGCUCAGCCUGCUCAACCCCAGCCUGCUGCAGCAGAGGUUCCCCGGCAUCCUGAUGGGCAACCGCCUGCAGGAGCAGCUCAACUCCCUGUUCCCGGAGGGACUGCCAGAGACCUUCCCGGAGAGCAGGGGCACCGACACCGACGUGGACCUGUCGCCGCAGACGACCAGCAACACGCCCACCACGACCAGCAGCUCGCAGCCCGAGUCGUCCGGGGUGCCGUCGGCGCCGUCCUCGGACGAGUCGGACGAGGCAUCCGACCCGGAGCCCGCCGCCACCCCCAGCGAGUCCACCGUGCCGCCCACGACGGACGAAUGGUCCGCCGAGUCGUCGACGCCAUCCUGGACGACGGACCAGCCCGACGUGACGACGGUAGCGGAAGCCAUGACGGAGACCACCGCCACCCAAGACUCGGCGGGGGAGACUGCGUCCCCCACUGAGGAGCAGCCCGCCGACGUGGCGGACCCCGAGCCGGAGCCGCUCGGGGACACGACCACGACGACGCCGACAACAGAGACCCCCGCCCCCACUUCAACCCCUGGCCCCAGCACCACCAGCACGGUGCAGCGCAGGGCUCGCCUGCCGGGGCCCGCGCUGUCCUUCUGGACGGGCCUGGAGGCCGCGUCCGCCCACAACGACUCCAAGACCAGCCCCGGCAGCCACGGCAGGCGCAGAAGGGAAAUCAACGGUGGCUUCCCCGACCUGAGCCUGCAGCUGCAGAACGGCAUGUUCGACAGCCACGUGGCCACUGGCGACGAGCUUUUCAGGCAGCUGCCCCGCCGCCCGUUCCUGGUGGACGGCGCCUUCGAGGAGCCCGUGCCCGUCAUGGAGUACACGGCGUCCUUCCCGUUCGCCUACAUCCCCCGCCUGCACGCCCUGGCCCUGGAGUUCCCUCUCGACGACGAGAGGUACCGGCUGCUCCUGCUGCUGCCCGUGGAGAGACAGGGCCUGCGGCAGCUGCUCCACGGCCUCAACAGAGUGCCGCUCCGAGAGGUGCAGCGCGCCCUUCGGCCCACCCGGGUGCAGGCGGUCGUCCCCGCCUUCAUGGUGGAAGGCUUCGUCAUCCUCACCCCCACUCUGCAGCAGUUGGGAAUUUGGGAUUUGUUCGACCCGAGGAGAGCAGACCUCUCUGGCAUGACCGAUGAUCCAGACUUGUACGUGAGGAACAUCGAACAAGCAGUGACGGUGGUGGUCAAGAACUACGUAGAAAUACUUGACAUUCAGACAAGGACAACAGCUGCCCGUUCGCGCCUCGACCAAUUCAUUGCCACACACCCAUUCCUCUACUUUGUUAUGGAUGCUGAGACCCAAGUAUCACUCAUGGCUGGAAAAGUGGUAGACCCUCUCAACUCCAGAAUAUACUGAAAUGUGAAGACUGAUCCUUAUUUAUUACUUUUAAUCUUAUUGCCCAUGGCAUUGCUGGUUAGUUACCGAUGCUCCAGGAAAACAGCAAGAUAACAUUUUCCCGAGCAUCGGAAAUUGCAUCAAUGUUGUAAGAAAAUUUAAAAUUAGGAAAUCUAAUUGAAAAAGGAAUGUUAAAUAAAA